AUCAACAUGGAUAUCCUGGCCCCCUUCCUCCAGAAGGCCCUCGAGGGCCGCAUCGACCAUCGCUCCCAGGAGAUGAUUGCAUCCCAUGCCCAGACAUAUCUCGCCGUGCUCACCGUAAGCUACCGAGUCCAUAUUGUACGAUCAUCUUAUCGAUACCUGGUAUGGCAGCUGCUGUCGUUUGCCCUUUCCUUCACUUGGAGCUCCGUGAUGAUGGGCCUCCAGGCCUUUGGUUAUGGGCUUGGACUUUUGCUUAUCGCCACAGUUAUCCCAUGGCCGUAUCUCCAAAGACACCCUGUCAAGUUUCUCCCCGUCCGCAAAUCGCAUGACCUGUGACAUCGUUCCAGUACGACCUCCUACGCCAUUUUUCUGUUGUAUAUGCAUACUUUGGGUCUUUUG